UUUACUCCUAUCUUUUUUUCAGAAUACAUUAAUUUGCCAUUUAAUUAUGGAUCAUAGAGAUCCUUCACCUACCUUUAGUUUAGAAAAGGUAGUAUUUCCUUAUGAUUUGACGGUUUCUGUUAUGGAAGUUAAACAUAAUAUUCUUGUCAUGGGAUUAUGUGGAGGACGUCUUUUACGUAUGGAUUUAGAGCAUCCUGAAGAAAUUCAGGACUUGGAAAUGCCUCAUAAGUAUGUAGAUGUAGUGAUUGAACGGCUUUUUCUUUCUCCGAAUGGAAAACAUUUGAUUGUAGGAAUACGGGGAGAUGAAUAUAUAUAUUUUCAUGGUGAUUCAACACGAGGAAAAUUAUUAACACAGCUUAAGGGACUUGGUAUUAAAUGUAUUGCAUGGAAUAGUCAAGCAACAGAUACUAGUACAAAGGAUAUUUUAUUAGGGAGUUAUAAUGGGAAUGUUUAUGAGACGAAUAUACAAGUAUUAAAUAAGCAAAAUAAAUAUGUAAAAUCUGUCUAUCAAGUAAGCGAAAAAUCGGAAAUUAUUGGACUUCAUAUGGAUGAAUCGUCAAAUAAUGUUGACUAUCAUUAUAUUGUUGUAAUUACAGAUAGGAAAAUUGAAUAUUUUAUGGGGAAAAAAGGGAAAAAUAUAUCGGGCGAUACACCAGUAACAUUAGAUAUUUUUUUAUCAAAUGUAAAGGGAUCUCAAGUUUUUGAAACGAAGAAUUCUCAAUAUUCAAUAUCUCCGAUUCUAUUUCAUGAAUAUUGUAAUAAUAUGAGUGAUAGAUAUAUCGGAUGGAUAUCAGAAUGUAAUCUUUUUUAUGGAUCAUUAAAAAUGUUUGAUAUUAAUGUCUCUGAAAAGUUUAGUUUUACAUUGACACAUUUGUUAAUGGAUACAAUUAAGAAGGAUUUUACUUUACCUUUUUUUUUUUGUUUUACACAUUAUCAUAUUAUUGUUGUAAAACAAUCUGAAAUUUAUCUUUUAAGCAGAUUAAAUCAUCAAAUUGUUUUUUCAGAAAAGAUACCAUUGGCAUUAGGGGAAAAAAUAUUAGGUUUAGUCACAGAUACAUAUAAAAGCUCUUAUUGGGUUUAUUCGAAAGACUCUGUCUAUGAGAUUGUUGUUUCAAAUGAAGAUUGUAAUAUUUGGAAUCUGUUUCUUAAAAAUAAUGAUUAUAUUAAAGCACUUAAGUUUGCUAAAAAAAAUUCUCAUUAUGAUAUUAUUUACAGAAAAUAUGGCAUGGAUUUGAUUAAACAGAAUAAAGUUCAUGAUGCUGCAAAAAUAUUAGCUAAAACUACUUUUCCUAUCGAAGAAAUUGCCUUGAAAUUCAUAAGCAUGAAAGACUAUGAUGCAUUGAGAAUAUAUUUACUUGAGAAAUUAAGUAUGAUGAAAAAGGGAGCCAUUAUACAAAAAACUAUAUUAUCUACAUGGUUACUCUUUUUAUAUAUAACUAAAAUGAAUCUACUAGAAGAUAUUCAAAGACAAAAGAAUUUUUUUAAUUUACCUGAUACGACACAGACAGAAAAUAAGGAAAUUCAAAAUGAAUUCCGGGAAUUUAUAGAUAAAUAUAAAUAUGAUCUAAAUCGAGAGGCUUCUUAUUAUCUUAUUAAUAGUCAUGGCAGGCAAAAUGAAUUGUUAACAUAUGCAGAAAGUAUUAAUGAUUAUGCAUAUAUUUUAAAAUAUUGGAUAAGAAAUCAGAAUUAUGAUUCAGCACUUGACGUUCUUAAUAAACAAGAUUCUCCUGAAUUAAUUUAUAAAUAUGCAUCUAUAUUGAUUCUACAAAGACCAAAAGCAACUGUAGAUAUAUGGAUGUUGCAUUCUGAUAUUGAUCCAUUGAAACUUAUUCCUGCUAUUAUUGAUUAUAAUCAACAGUAUAAGCCUCUAAUAGAACAUAAUCAGACAAUUCGUUAUCUUUUUUUUGUUAUUGAUCAGACAUCUAUAACCGAUUCUAUUAUUCAUAAUACAUUAUUAUCAUUACUUGCAAGUAGUGAAAAUGAAGAUGAAGCAACCCUCUUACAAUAUCUUGAAUGGCAAAAAAGCAAGCAUUAUUAUAGUCAGGAUUUCGCAUUACGUACUUGUAUUCAGUAUAAAAGAAUUUUAAGUUCUGUUUAUUUAUAUUUUGAAAUGAAUUUCUUUGAAGAAGCUAUAGAUUUGGCUUUAGAAUAUGAUAAUAUAGAUUUGGCAACUACUUUGGCAGAUAAAAUUGAAGAUAAUCAUAUAUUGAAAAAAAAAUUAUGGAUUAAAAUUGCAAAAAAAGUAAUUAUUCAAUAUGACGGAGAUGCUAAGAGAUUACAAUUUUUAAUGAAAAACAAUAGGCUUAGUAUUGAAGAUUUAAUUCCAUUGUAUCCUGAUUCUAUAAAAAUUGAUGAUUUCAAAGAAGAUAUAUGUUCUGUAUUAAAAGAUUAUAGUUCUAAUAUAGAUUUUUUGCUUAAAAAAAUGGAGGAAUUAACUCAAUCUGCUGAUAACAUUCGUAAUAGUAUAGAAGAUCAUAAUAACUGGUUCGUAAUUUUGAAUGCAGAAGAAGAAUGUAAUAUUUGCCGAAAUAUGUUAUUAAAUGAACAGUUUUAUGUUUUCCCGUGCCAACAUUGCUUUCAUAAAGAUUGUCUAUUUUUAAAAGUCUCAGAAGAUACUACUUCUUGGCAAUAUAGACGGAUUCAAGAUCUACAAUCUUUAAUAUCUAAAUUUAAAAAUGAUAUAUCUGGAAAACAAGUACAACAAUGUAAAAAACUAACAAAAGAAUUGGAUGAUAUAAUAUCAUCAGAGUGUAUACUUUGUGGUAGUACUAUGAUACGAAGUAUAGAUAAAAGCUUUAUUGAUAAUAAUAUGGAGACGUCUUUCUGGAAUAUUUAAUAAUUACAGUUAUAUUUAUUGUUUAAAUUAAAAACAUAUUGUCUUUGAUAGAUAUCGAUCUUGGAUUAUGAAAUAUAUAAUGAUAUUAUUCAAAAAUAUGACUUACAAAAAUGUUUGUUAAUGAACAAAAUUAUAAAUAUUUUAUUUUAUGAAUGCAAGCUUUAUGAAUAAUUACAUUGUGGUCAAAAAAUAUAAUGUGUAAUUUAUAUCUGAAAUUUUGUUUCAGAACAAAAAGUUUAUAAAUCUCCUUGACUACUUCUGGAAUAGUUCUUUCAUGAACAUAGUUAAGCUCUUGUUCUGAUAAAUUUUGCAUCACAAAGUUGAUUACAUCUUUAGAUUUUCGUGUUGGAGGCCUUCCUAAUCCUAUUGAGAAACGAAUAAAUGACUUUAAUCAUAUUAUAUAUAUAGCUAUUUCGUAGAAGAAAACCUACUUCUGUACCUAAUGAUUCAAUACAUGAUUUUA